AGAGAGAGAGAGAGAGAGCAGAGUGGCAACAGCAGCACCCUUUCCUUCAACUUGCUCCAGCUUGAAUUCAGAGGUUUACUUUAAACUUAUGAAAACAUUUCUAUCCACAGCUGCCUUUCAGCUCAGCAGAGCUCGUCUCACUGCUCCGACUCUACUGUCUUAAAGCGACCGACCCGUUGUUGGCCUGAUUUGCUUUUUCCCGUGGAACUUAACAGGAUCAGAAGAGGUUUGCAGAGCGUUCAUCGAGUGGUGGAGCGGUCAGAGGCAGCCAGAGGCGUCAUGGCCAUGUCCCAGGAGCGGAGUGCGUGUCUGGGGCUCUGGGUGCUCCUUUUGCUCGGUGCAGGCAUGGAGGAAGUGGUGGAGGGAUGUAGCUGCCACCCAGCACACCCACAGCAACUAUUCUGCAGUGCUGAGAUCGUGAUAAGGGCAAAGAUCUCCGGAGAGAAGAUUGUGUCGCCUAGCAACAGCUCCUCACCUUACAUGAAGAUGAUCCAAUACGAAAUCAAAAUGAUUAAGAUGUUUAAAGGUUUUGACAAGGCCAAGGACAUCCAGUACGUGUACACUCCGGUCUUCUCCUCACUGUGUGGAGUCAAGCUGGACUCCAACAAUAAAGCAGGCUAUUUGCUCUCAGGAAGCAUGUGGAGCGAUGGGAGGAUUUCUAUUGGCCAGUGCGACCUGGUAGAGUCCUGGGACAACUUAUCACUGUCACAGAAGAAGAAUCUCAACUACAGAUACCAGAUGGGCUGUGAAUGCAGAGUGAAUCAACACCUGCUACACGGUCCCGUGUGCGUCAACAGGAGAAAACGAGUGCUUGUGGACUGACUGGCUGCUGGAUAACAGCCUAAAUGGGGAGCAGGCUCGGCAGUACGCCUGCAUCCGCCGCUCCGACACAACCUGUAGCUGGUACCGGGGCGGACCGCCACCCGAGAAAGACUUCCUGGACAUGGCUGACCCUUGACCUGUAAUUCUGACAUUUUACUUCCAUUUCACUCCUGCACAGCCCUCAGAAACAUUUCCUGCCCUUGCUUAUAUAUAGCUCAAAUUUGGCGUACAAAGUAGCGACUGAUUUCAUUGAAAAAUUGGCUGAGUUUUUACACUGCGGGGAGUUUAACCCAACGCUGAGCUUCUGUUCGCAGAGUUCAGGUGGUUGCUACGGCAAUGCUAGGAAAUUUUUUGAAAACUGCAGGGGCUUUCAGCAUUCCUUUGACUCAUUUUCUCGUCUCUCACAUUCCACUUUACACCCACAAAAUAAGAACAGCAGGAGACCCUCCACUGCAAAUUAUUCACCUCCAGUAAACCUUUCCUUUAUUUCUAAUGGCCUGAUGAUAAAUGCCUCAUAUUUGUUCAUACAUAACUUACAAUGGUUUUGCAGUCAUUUAUUUAGGAUUUGCAUUCGUAGAACGUUUAAGGAAGUUGGACUGAUGUUAAAAAACAUUGUAGAAUCAAUCCUGCAUUGCAAAGUUUACUUCACACACUGUAAACAAACCUGUGCACUAAAGUUUUGCAGGUAGACUGCAGUACUGCCACUUUUUCUCUCUCAUUCUGGUGUUUUAUUAUCAAGUAAAUGUCCCAUGCAAAUAAAAAUGCACUGUAUAUACAUAUAUAUAGAGCCAAGCAACACCAGACAUUCCCCCAAUUCAUUAUAUUUUGACAAAAACUGACAUAUUAAUUAUAUAUGAUCAUAAUUCCUGUACAUCUAAAUCAUCACAGUUUAUACUCUCAAAUUUCUGAGAAUGUAAAUAUUGUACUUGAGUGAGAAUUAACAUUUUAAAGGCUAACCAGAUCUUGUCUCGUAGCUUAGAAAGUUGCUAUCUUGUGGUUUGUUUUGUGUGUUUAGUUUCCUCGGUUGAACUCUGUACUAUUUUUGUGCCAAAAAUCUAAUCCAGCGCUUUAACAACAGCACUGCCACCUGUAGACGCCAAGCCACCUCUCCUUAGAGGAAAUGAUGUAACAGGACACGGUUCAAUUCACUUGUUUUUUUAACCCUUUAAAAACAGGAACAAUUCUCCUCAAUGCUCAAGAAAAUGUAGUAAAAACUUUGGCACAUGACGUAAACAACCAACAAAAAGAGAGAUAACUGACGUUCAAGAAUGAACUAUAAUUAGUGAUUUAAUUGUCGUUUUAUAGUUAAUAUUUAAUAUAAUGAUGCAACAUUUAUUAAAAGACACAAAUAUGAAUUGACCCCUGUCUUGUUACUAGAUUACUUCACUAAAGUCAUACAGAUUAAAAUGCAUUAUCACUUCCUGUCUUCAUGAAUGAGUUAAAUAUCAUAUUAGAGUCACAAUCAACAAUAAAAUAUUUAAAUUAAACCUGCACCAUGCAGUUCAGAGUGAUGUGCAUGAUAUGUUUGAAAAAUACUUUGAAAAAAAAAAGUUAAUAAUUAAAUUUAGACUUUCCUGACAUGAUAUAAUAAUAACGCAUAAUAACUGUAUGGCUUUAGUGAAGCGUUAUCAAACAAUUUCAUGUUUGUUUUAUACUGAAAGAAUUGUUUGGGUUUGUAUUUAUGUCUCUGUAUCUGUCUAUAUAGAGUUUUCUAUUUCCAUUUACCAAAAAAGAUUGUAUAUAAAAUGUCUCAAUGGAA